AUGAUAACUGACUACCAUAAUAGGAGGUCUGGAAAAGGAUUGAUAGAUGCAGCUUCUGUACCUAAAAUAGAUCAUUUAAAGAAUGAUUUGGUUGAUGUUGCAUCUGAAUGUAUACUUUGUGGUGGCGAUCUGAUGAUUAAAAUAGUUGAACAAAUUAAUGACAAAGAAGGUUAG